UCCAGCGGGCCGGGUCGUCAGUCCACUACAUGGAAACAUGGGUUGCAGUGCGGCGAAAAACGUCACCGCGCUCGAACAAGCGGACAAUGGAAGAAAACACGCGAAUCCUAAUCAAGUAGGCGAUGCCGCCAGCGGGCUGAGCAGUUCAAUCAACGAACUAAUCGAAUCACAUAUUGAGGAUUUGGAAAAUGCCAACGUGGAUAAUAUUCAAAAAGGAGCGACUGGAUUGGCCUUUGACAUAACAUUUGAAGAGAAUGACAAUAUCGAUGAAUCCGUCCAAAAACAGCCACCUAAAAGGUUGCUAGAGAUGCAAGAUACCCAAAGUAGUCCAGUCACAUUACAGAAACUACAAGAAAAGCUAGACGAAGCUGAGAUUAGAAGACAACAGAUUCUUCAGCAACGAGUAGAGUCUGCCAAACGAAUCAGACCAAAGUUUCACUAUGUACCAAAGGAGGAAUCACAAUCACCGAAUCAUUUGAAUGUACCCAGUAUACCAACUGAAGAAUCGCCUGUUCCUUCAGGACCAUAGUUAGUACUAAUCUCUAUAUACUCAAGAGGUUUAACACUUUUUGUUAUAAUUUGCCUAAAAUUUCGGGGGAUCUCAAUAUAAAAUAAUAAUUUUUAAAACAAAAAAUACUUAAAUACAUAUAUUAAUGACAAUCAGUCUUAAAGAUGUUUAACUCUGUUAAUUUUGGGCAAAUUUUAU